UGCCUCGGUGUUUGGCCAGGUGUUCCUAACGAACACCUGGCCAAACACCUGCUUCCAUUCUAUCCGGCUUUGGUUACGGCGCUCGAGCGAACGCACCUCUGCACUUCCCGUUUUUUUUUUGUUUGUUUAAAACAGUCCCAGUCAGUGUUUAUUGAAGUAUCAUCGGGAAAUCCGACUCUCUUAUCUCUUCGUCGUGACUCGCAGAAAAGUGAAAACACAGAUGAAAGACCGAUGUUUUGCACGCGAAAAUGUCAACCCCCACCCCCCGCUUCUCACGUGUGCUCCGCUGCGAGGCAGUUUGAAUGACCUCUCUGGACUUUCGUGGAACCGAUUUCGGAAGGGAGACUUGUCCCCAAGCGAAAAGGAGUUGUUUGAGGUUAUUACCGCAGGCAAUGUCCAGGAGGCGUCAAGGCUGCUGGGCUGUAAGGAUGUUCGAGUCAACUGUCUGGACGAGUAUGGGAUGACCCCUCUCAUGCACGCUGCUUACAAAGGAAAGGCAGACAUGUGCAAGUUGCUGCUGCAGCACGGAGCGGAUGUGAACUGCAAUGAACACGAGCAUGGGUACACGGCGCUGAUGUUUGCCGGCCUGUCAGGGAAGACUGAUAUCACGUGGAUGAUGUUGGACGCGGGGGCAGAAACGGAUGUGGUGAACUCUGUUGGAAGGACCGCCGCACAAAUGGCCGCCUUUGUUGGGCAACACGACUGUGUCACCGUGAUCAACAACUUCUUCUCGCGUGCCAGACUGGAUUACUACACCAAGCCCCAGGGUUUGGAGAAGGAACCCAAGCUGCCGACCAAACUGGCCGGACCCCUCCACAAGGUCAUCAUGAGCACCAACCUGAACCCUGUCAAGAUGGUGAUGCUGGUGAAGGAGAACCCGCUGCUGGCUGAGGUGGAGGCUCUGGACAAAUGCCGCCGGGUGAUGGAGCUCAUCUGUGAGAAGUGCGUCAAGCAGCAGGACAUGAACGAGGUGCUGGCCAUGAAGAUGCACUACGUCAGCUGCGUGCUGGGGAAGUGUGCCUCCUUCCUCAAGGACCGCGAGGACAAGCUGGACGGACUCAUCAAGAGUUUGCUGAAGGGUCGGGACGGCGAUGGGUUCCCUGUCUAUCAAGAGAAGUUUAUCCGGGAGUGCAUUCGCAAGUUCCCUUACUGCGACGCGACUCUGCUGCAGCAGCUGGUGCGGAGUAUCGCCCCUGUGGAGAUUGGUAACGACCCCACAGCUCUGUCAGUGCUGACGCAGGCCAUCACAGGUCAGGUCGGCUUCAUGGACGCGGAGUUUUGCACCUCCUGUGGAGAGAAAGGAGCCGAGAAGAGAUGCUCCAUCUGUAAGAUGGUGAUCUACUGCAACCAGGCCUGCCAGAAGAUGCACUGGUUCACCCACAAGAAAGUUUGUAAGAGUCUCCAAGAGCAGAGAGAGAGGCAAGAAGCAGAAUCGGCCAAACUGAGGAUGCAGCAGAAUAAAGAGGAGAGUAAAGCAGUGCAGGAGGCCACAGACUCCAUACAGGAGCUCUCAGUGGAGACCAACAGCCAGGCCGCCCCCUCAGACUCUGCAGCAAAAACCUCGAACCCCACUUCCAUCCCAGCAGCUGACAACUGAGGACCAUCUACCCACCUUCUCCAGAAUACAUCCGUACUCCACAGACCGAGAGAGCAAACUGGCCGUGAGACUGAAAGCCAGGGAAGGACCGGUCCAGCGGGAGAGAAGAACCCAUAUUUAUUAUUGACCCGAGACUGUCACAAAGGCAGGGGGAGACACUAAAGCAUCCGAGGAAGGUUUGUGCCACAGCGGCCGUGCUUUUGUCAUUUUUAUAUGUUCAUUUUUUUUUUUUUUUCAGGUGACACUGUCAAAUGUGAAUGGGGAAAAUUGCGUAGGAUGAUGUCUUUGUGGUGGAGGCCGCUGGGAGGAGUCGUGGGGAAUAUGUGAAGAGCUAAUGGUUCGCAUCCAUGAUGGAACGUAAAUCUGCCUUAAACAAACUGUAGCAACCUGUGCGGGAAAGCCGUGACUGUGUAGCCAAUCAGAGCUCUUGUUUGUUUGCAGUGUAUUGGAUUUGUUAUUGGGAGUGUUUUUUUGUUUUGUUUUUUUGUACUGAUAACCUCGUGGUAGAUUGAGUGGAUAGCAUGGCUGCACAAUACUGACCAAUAAUGUAGAUUUUUAAAUAUCAACGACAUAAACAUGAAUUUAUUUUUAUUGUAUCAUGAAAUAUGAUGUUAAUGCUCAGGAUUGUCCAAAUUUUAACUGAAUGAAAGCCCCCCCCUUUUUUUUUUUCCUCUCCACAAAAUGCUACAUCAUUUGUUGACCAAGACUUGUUGUACACAGCACCAGAAACGCCAUGUCCAGGGGGAAAAACACAAAAAACAAAGCUCCUUUGUUUUGAAACAGUCAGUGAUGUUCUUUCAUUUAUCCUGCGGCCUGAAUGGACAGAGAAGCUGAAGGUGAACGACUUGCCCAGUGAGGCCUUGUUUGCCCUGAAUGACCUCCAAUAAUAUCAAAAACUUGAUAUUAAUCACAUUAAAUAAAGACCAUCUUCAUCGGUUUUUUGCAGUAGAUUUUCAUAUUUUAUAGUAUAGUCUUCCUUUUUCUACUUCUCUCAGGGUUUUGUUUUUUCUCUCUCUGUAUGUAGUUAGAGUGAUGAUCUGACCUGACUCCGAAAUCAUCACCGAGGCAAAAGUUUCCCGUUUAUUAGGUACCCCUGCACACUUUAAUCCAAACCGAUGCAACACGUUGUUUACUGUCUAUUUUAAAAAAGAGUGGGUCUUUUUUUUUCUCCGACUUUUCAGUUCCUCUCAGCUCUACAGAGCGUUUAACGUCUUUCCAGCUUAAUGUUUUGGUUUUGAAGCCUGAAACGUUACUGUUUCGGUUCACUCUUCCUGCUCUCAUCAACGUCGACUCAGAAGUAAUUUCUUAUUACAAGAAAAAACAUCCUAUUGUUUUUUGUUUUUUUUUUUGUUUUCUUUCCUGGAUAAUUCAAAGACCUCGCUGUCAAUUUUUUC